GCCACACAGGCGGAGAGUGCGCGCUGCCGGGGCCGGGGCCGGGGCCGGGGCCGCUCCGUUGGAGCCGGCGGAUCCGGCCGCAGCGGCUGCCGUUGGAGCGAUGACCCUGAAGUCGGGGCGCAGCGGCAGCGCCGGCAGCAUGCGGACCGCGCUGUCCGACCUCUACCUGGAGCACCUCCUGCAGAACCGGGCCAAGCCCGAGGCCAUCUCCCAGUGCCCCCAGGCUGUGAGUGAGGACGUUUACAGCAACGGCUCGGCGGCGCCGGGCAGCAGCGGCCGCGAGCUGCGCAAGAUCCGCAUCGUCCAGUUCGAGAAGCUCACGGAGGAGCCCAUGGGAAUCACACUGAAGCUCAAUGAGAAGCAGAGCUGCAUGGUGGCCAGGAUCUUCCACGGGGGCAUGAUUCACAGGCAAGGCUCCCUUCAUGUGGGUGAUGAAAUCAUAGAAAUCAAUGGGCAGAGUGUGAGCAACCACUCAGUUGACCAGCUGCAGAAGAUGCUGAAAGAAACCAAGGGGAUGGUCUCAAUAAAAGUCAUUCCCAACCAACAAAGUCGCCUCCCUGCACUCCAGAUGUUCAUGAGGGCACAGUUUGACUAUGACCCUAAGAAAGACAACCUAAUCCCCUGCAAGGAAGCAGGGCUGAAGUUUCAGACUGGUGAUGUGAUUCAGAUCAUAAACAAGGAUGACAGCAACUGGUGGCAGGGCCGGGUGGAGGGCUCCUGCUCCGAGGCAGCAGGGCUCAUCCCUUCCCCAGAGCUGCAGGAGUGGCGUGUGGCCAGCGUCAGCCAGUCCAGUCAGAGUGAGUCCCCCAGCUGCAGCCCCUUUGGGAAGAAGAAGAAGUGCAAGGAUAAAUACCUGGCCAAGCACAGCUCAAUCUUUGACCAGCUGGAUGUGGUUUCCUACGAGGAGGUGGUGAGGCUCCCUGCCUUCAAGAGGAAGACUCUGGUGCUCAUUGGGGCCAGUGGUGUGGGCCGCAGCCACAUCAAGAACGCUCUGCUCAGCACCAACCCAGACAAGUUCAUGUACCCACCUCCAUACACCACACGCCCCCAGAAGAAGAGUGAGGUGGAUGGGAAGGACUACUACUUCGUGUCCACUGAGGAGAUGACCCGGGACAUCUCAGCCAAUGAGUUCCUGGAGUUUGGAAGUUACCAGGGAAACAUGUUUGGCACAAAGUUUGAAACAGUGCACAAGAUCCACCAGCAGGACAAAGUGGCUAUUUUGGACAUUGAGCCUCAGACGCUGAAGAUCGUCCGCACGGCCGAGCUCUCCCCGUUCAUUGUCUUCAUUGCCCCAACAGACAAGGCAGAGCAGUCAGAGGCUCUGCAGCAGCUGCAGAAGGAGUCCGACAGCAUCCGCAGCAGAUACGCUCACUACUUCGACCUCUCACUGGUCAACAACGGAGUGGAAGAAAGCCUCCAGCUGCUGCAGGAAGCCUUUGAGCAGGCCUGCAGCUCUCCACAGUGGGUGCCCAUCUCCUGGGUCUACUGAGAGGGCAUCUGACCACAGCCACUUCCCAUCACCCAUCCUGCAGCCGUGGGGAGGAUCCGCCUCAGCUUCCCCCAGCACCUCCCAGCCCAGCACCUCUCCCUUCCCCUGCUGCUCCAUGGACAUGCUCUCCUUUGGGUCACACACACACACACACAGGGGCUCCAGAUCUCCUCUCCUGGGGGAAUGCAGGACUUGGGGUGCCCAGGGAUUAGUUGAAGCCCAGGGCAGCCCAUGGGCCUCACACCAGUGGCAGGGGGAAGCCCCAUCCUGCUGCAGCACCCUGACAGGUCUUUUCUGUGCCAGUCCUGAGGGAAGGGGCAGAGCAGGGGCUGUCUCUCCAGGCAGAUGUGCCAUGCCCUGCCCUCACAGGGGUGCACAAACACCUUCAAAGUCUGUCUAAGGCUUCACCCAGACCACAGCAGAGCUCCUCCAACCCAGGGUUUCCCCUCACACAGGGAAGGAGGAGGAGUGUGGAGCAUUCUACCCCCAGGCAGGUCUCACCUUGUGAGCUGUGAGUUUCCUGCUUGGCCCUGUGUGAAAUACCUCCCUGUAUUUCAACUCUCACCGUGCAGCUUGGAUUGUUAGUGCCUGGCCAGAGCCUGGGCAGCAGCUGAGGAAAUGCCACCCACCUCCCCUCCACAGGGACAGCUCAAGGGGUAAAUCCCCCCCCAGCCACAACUCUCUGUUGCAUGCAAUAGAAUCAGUGUCUCCAGGUUUUACCAGAGCCCUGGGAUUCCCCCCUGCUGUCUGCCAACAUUAAAGCCACCCACCCCAAGGGGUUCCUUCUGCAGGAGCACUGAAGCACAAGCCCCCUCCCCUUGACCAUGUCCUGGAAGCAUCACCACAGCUCCUGGGCAAAGCACAGCCAUGGUGCAGGUGAGAGAAUGGGGUGUGUUGUGGGGCAGGCAGGCAGGGCACAGGGCAGGAGCAGGGAGGAGACCUGGGCCAUUUCUUAAAGGAUGCCAAAAAUCCAAUCUGUUGAUGUGCAAUAGGGGAUCUUUGUUCUGAUCCACUGCAGGGAAACACUGAGCAGCAAUAAA